GUUAGGCUGGAUGACCACUCAGCUUUGUUGAACACUGAAACAGGAUUUUUUUUUUCUUUUUUCUUUUUUUCUUUUCAUACUAUGGCUAGUUUUAGUUGGCUACUAUUGACUGUGAAACGAUCUGAGCAAUGGCACGGAGGUCUGGGAAUUGCAUGAGAUGUCUAGUGAUAUUCUCGGUGGUUUCAGCUAUAAUCGUAUGUGGACCUGCUCUUUACUGGAAAUUGAAAAAGGGUUUCGUUGGAUCUGCUCGUAGCAACAACUCCAUUUGUCCUCCCUGUGAGAUCUGCGAUUGUCCUCCUCCUUUGUCUCUCCUCGAGAUUGCUCCAGGGCUUGCAAACCUCUCUAUUACAGGUUGUGGAAGCGAUGAUCUAGAGCUCAAACAAGAGAUGGAGAAGCAGUUUGUGGAUCUACUCACGGAAGAGUUGAAGCUGCAAGAAGCAGUUGCAGACGAGCAUAGUCGUCACAUGCAUGUUACACUUGGUGAAGCAAAAAGAGUUGCUUCACAGUACCAAAAGGAGGCUGAGAAGUGCAACGCUGCCACGGAAAUUUGCGAAUCAGCUAGGGAGAGAGCUCAAGCAUUGCUGCUCAAAGAGCGAAAGAUCACUUUGUUGUGGGAGCGGAGAGCUCGGCAAUUAGGUUGGGAAGGUGAGUAAGUAAUCCACUGUUUAGUGACUUCUUCUCAGUCUACCCUGAAGAGCUUCUCGAUGGAAGCAAACUAGAUUUCCUCUUCCGCAUACAGCUCAUGUGAACAUGGGAAUCGCUUAAUUCUCAAGGCAAUGUUUUUAUCUCCCAUGUUCUUUAUAUAUGUAGCAUUUUUUUUUGUUUUUCUCUUGGAUCCGAAUAUAGCUAAAGAAAGAGUUGGCUUGUAUUGACUUUUCUUCAGAUAUAUUUUUGUCCAGUCACAUUGGGCGAGAGAAGUCACCGACUUCUGUAUUUUAUUGUUCAUGUUCAUUGGCAAAACCAACCAUCAUUUUCUCAUCAGCCAAA